AAUUUCAGCACAGCUUGUCCCAUUGAACCUGGCUAGUGUCAACGAUGGCAAGACUACCAAGUGCUGCGCUGUUUAGCCUGUGGAUCCUUUUCGUUUCAUAUACAACAAAUGAAGUUAUGGCUGCAGGACAUGUACAGGAAUUUGCAUGCUUCACUGACUAUGACAAAGAGCUGGUUUGUCACUGGAAGGUGCCUGCACAAACAAAUUGCUCCAAAGAAUUCCAGCUGUACUACAAGAACGCAUUACUUCCUGAGCCAAAUCAUGUGUGUCCUCCUGAGAAUGGAAAAGACAGUUUAAGGUGCACUUGCACAAUAUAUCCAAAUUAUUUUGUAUCAGGCCUCACGUAUAUUCUAACUCUGCAGUUCAAUGAGACUGAUACGUGGAAUACCAGUGUUACACCAGCCCUGGUUGUUAAGCCAAGGGCCCCCAAAAAUCUUGCCAUUGAGAAAGUUGAAAGUGGUAAUUUCAAUCUGAGCUGGGAGGAGAGCUAUUCUUCUCCAUCCAUGCUCUAUGGACAGCCGGUCAUCUAUGAAGUGAAAUACUGGAGGAAGCAGCACCCGACAGAGGUUUCUGUAAAAGCAAUUAACUACCAGGCAAAAAGCUUUGAAAUUACUGCAAGCUCCUUGAGGAGAGGCUAUGAUUAUGUUGCAAGUGUAAGGUGUAACUAUACAGAUUACCCGUCCUACUGGAGUGAAUGGAGUGAAGAAGUUGAAUUUCACUAUGAUUACCAAGUAACAGCUGAAGACAUUCUGCAGAUGGCUGUUCCCGUAUCCUGCAUACUGAUCAUGGCAGUAUCUGUAAUUUGUUACUUCUGUUUUACCAAAGUGAAGAAAGAAUGGUGGGAUCAAAUCCCAAAUCCAGCGAAGAGCCAUUUGGUCGUCAAAAAUGUCAAGUUUUCAGUUUUGUGCUACAUUGAUGAAAUUAAGUUCCCCUUCCAUGACUUAAAGCAGAGUCAUUUGGAAAACCAAAUAAGUUGCAAGAACUGUCUGGCUCAAAGUUUGUCAAGCCAAAACUUCAAGGGAAAAGAUAACAUCAGAAAUGUUGAGAAAUCUUGCAAUUGCCACAGCAAGUCUGGAGAGUGGUUUCCAAAAGGCAGCAGUGCAGUUUUAACCCCUGAGACAGUUCUGGUUGAAGAGUCUAUAGAAAUUUGUGAAUGUUUAACAGACGUUGAGGCUGAGAGCCAGGAAGAGACUAGUGACCAAAUCACCUUGUUCGAGCCUUGUGAGAGCAGUGUCAGUGCUUUCAGAGAGCACACUGAACACAAUGAUGCACUAGCUAGCAUGUUUAUUGAGCUCCUGGCAGAUGAAAACAACAUGCAGAACAAUAAAGACCGAGACAUAAUUACAGGUGAGAAUGAAACCUUUGAGAAACUUGAGUCAGAAAAUCCAUCGCAGCGAAAUCCAAAAGAAAGUGCAACCCGGAGUCAGCAGCCGUGUGAUAUUUCUCAUGCAGUCUCCCUUUUCACCAAAGCCUCUCAAGAUGACUACAAUUGCAGUACAUCCAGCAAGAAGUCAGAAGAAUCCUUUGAAUCUGGUUAUCAGAGCUCCAGCAUAAAUUCUGCUUCUCUGGAUUCAAGUGAUCUUCAGCAUAUGGUUCAUGAAAGCCUUUUUUCAUGCAGUUCUGAAAGUCAGCAUGACUCAUGUGUCCUGAUCCAGGAAUCUCCAAACAAACCAUCCUUUGGGACCGAAAAAGACAGAAUAAGCAACCCUGCAUACAAGAGUUUUGAUACCCUUGUGUCUCCAUCCAUGGGGCUGUGUAGCUCUGCAUAUAAGAGCUUCGACACUCUUAUCUCUCCAUCCGUGGAGCCCUGUGGUUCUGCCUACAAGAGCUUCGACACUCUUAUCUCUCCAUCCGUGGAGUCCUGUGGUUCUGCCUACAAGAGCUGUGACACCCUUCUGUCUCCAUCCAUGGAGCCCUGUGGUUCUGCCUACAAGAGCUUUGAUAUUCUUGUGUCUGCGUUCAAAGAACCAAGUAGCUCUGCAUAUAAGAGCUUUGAUACCCUUAUGUCUCAGUCUUUGGCUAACAGUGGCCUGACGCCGUGUUUUGAAAAUGUGUGCUCCUUACCGCCUUUGACACAGUUUUCAGAGACACAUGCAAAUGACAGCGAUUCAGCCUUCCUACCAGAGGAAAAAAUACAUAAGCAAGUAACAUAUCAAAAUGUUCAAAAGAAAGUCAACAUAAUUUCUUGCCCCAUUGGACCUCCACCAUCUGGUUAUCGACCUUUUGAUAAUGCAGUUAAAUGUAGCGUUAAAAAAACACCAGUAGAACUAUUGAGGGAAAACAACAGGAAAAAUGAGAAAAAAAUGAAACUUGUACAAGCCCUUGCUGAGGAGGACAACUGCUACAUGAAGGUGGCCUAG